UUUGCACUUGAUCGCACACAGACAUAUGCAUUCAAGCAGAAGCUCUUGCCCACACAGACACCCACAGACAUUGCUAUCUGACACGCUCAUUGACACAAACCAUGAACACUGCUUCAACGACAUAAAGUGAUGUAGAAGAAAUACAGACCCACUAAUUCCUAAUUUUCACACACGACAGCACAAGGCAGCCAGUUCCGCUCUGAACUAAAAGAUGAAUUCAACGACCAAUGACUCGUCCCCCAAGCAACCAGAUACUGAACAUGCUUAUGUGUACCGUACUGUCCUGCUGGCCAUCAAUGUCUUGGUUCUGGUGAGUGGCACCAUCAGCCUAAGCCUGAUGAUGCACAUCCUGAAGUCCAGCUCCACAUCCAUCACCUCCAUCGCUGUCCUCAACCUCAUCUUCGCCCACUUCAUCUUCCUCAUCACUGUGCCUUUCAGGAUUUACUAUUACGUCAGCGGCAACUGGGAACUGGGCCACAGCUGGUGUAAAGUGGUCAGUAGCAUGAUCCACAUCCACAUGUACAUGUCUUUCUUCCUAUACGUGAUCAUCCUCAUCACGCGCCUCCUGACGUUCUACCGCAAGGCGGAGCAGCUUGCCCCUUUUCGCAGCAUCCACGCGCUCCUGGUCAGCGCGGCGGUGUGGGUGAUGGUGCUAUCCACAGUCCCGUUCGUCAUCCAUUUUGCCUAUGGUAAAAACCAGGAGAAAAACUUGACGCAAACAACAAAUGAAACAGUUUGCUUUAAAUUCGGGAAACACAUACAUAAAGUGUUCGGUGCCACGGUGGUGAAUUACGUCGUGAGCACGCUGAUCAUAGUGGUGGCUGCCGUGCUGACGGCCCUCCAAGCAAAUGUCCUGAGGGUUUUGUACAGGAGGCAUCGCCAGGGAUGCAUCUCGCAGCAGGACUUCGGGGCUCAGCUGAAGAGCAUGUGCUUUGCCCUCAUCAUGGUGGUCUGCUUCAUUCCCUACCACAUGUUCCGACUCUAUUACUUGGAACACAUUAAUCUACAGCAGGUCAACGAGGUGCUUCUGAGUCUGACCACUUUCAACUGUUUGGACAUGCUCACUUUCCUGGGGAGGAGAAACUGCUACAUGUGCUUCUUCAGAAGGGUCAGGUGAAAGGACAUUUGUCGACUUUAUUAUAACUUUAAUUUUACUCUACGCCUUUAGAUCUACAUCCAGUGCUGCUAACUUUUUGCGCUAUAAAGAUGGAUGACAUGAUGGUGACCCGAGUGUGCCGGACCAAUCACAGCUCAUUCAGUCUGCUUCGCUUUCAUGAGUAGUUACAUUUUUCGGGGAGGUGCACAUCAAGGUACGUCGUAAGGCUCUGUGUAUUGUACACGUCUACACGUAGGCUACGCCCUAGCUUCGACGCAGAAGCAUGAAUUGGGCUUUAGCAGUAACACUGCAUUUAUUUUUCUGUAAAGUUUGGUUUUAAUAUUUGUUGCGGAACAAAACAUUGACAGCUGAGAGCGACUUAUGAUUGGUUGAUACCACAGCUCUAUCCCCCCUAUCGCCAUACUGUGCAGACUCUGGCUCCAAAUGAUGUCAUUAAUGCAAGAAGGCAGCGUUUA